CUGUGCUCAACCUGUUUAUCUUGCUCAUCGGACUCGGGGCAAAAACCAGCGUCGUUCGCUCAGCCAGUUUGACGUUUUACUGGUUUUCUUAGAGUAAAACGCUACAGGCCACCGCAGCGCGUCCUCCUCCGUGUGAGUCUGUCUGUGUUAAUUCAAGGUGUUUGAAUUCAGGGGCUCAAACCACCGACUCUUUGGACUUCGACCUGCGCCAGGAGCCUUUCUCAAACAAGGAAGUCCAGCGUUGUGGAUGAAGUCGUCGGUGAAUGGCGGCUGUUGACUACGGUCGGUUCCUCUGAAAGCACAUUUGUCUUCCGUGUCUGUCCUGUAGCGUCGUGACACCAGGACCAAGCCGCCUCCAGCCUCCUCAGGACAAGAUGAACGCCUCCAUGGGAGAAGUGGAUCCCUCCGCCGGGAACGGCUCCAUCGACCAGCUGCUGGAGAAGUCGGCCGCCUCCAACGAGACCAUCAUCCAAACCAGCAACGGCUCCAUCAUAAGGGACCAGAUGUUCCUGAGCACGGUGGCCGCCCAGGUCCUGACGGGGAUCUUCGUGUGGUCCGCCUUGAUCAUCACGUUCCACCAGAUCUUUACGCACCUUCGAUCCUACACGGUCCCCAACGAGCAGCGCUACAUCAUCCGCAUCCUGUUAAUUGUGCCAGUUUAUUCCUUUGACUCUUGGCUCAGUCUGCUCUUCAUCAGCAAUGACCAGUACUACGUGUACUUUGAUUCUGUUCGUGACUGUUAUGAAGCAUUUGUCAUUUACAGUUUCCUGAGCCUGUCCUUUGAGUAUCUGGGAGGAGAGAGCGCAAUCAUGUCCGAGAUCCGAGGGAAGCCCAUAGAGUCAAGUUGUCUGUACGGUACCUGCUGUCUCGGUGGUAUGAGCUACUCCAUCGGCUUUUUAAGAUUCUGCAAACAGGCGACGCUCCAGUUCUGCGUUGUGAAGCCCAUCAUGGCCAUCAUCAUCAUCGUCCUGCAGGCCUUUGGCAAAUAUCACGAUGGAGAUUUUAGCGUGACUGGAGGAUACCUGUAUAUCACAAUCAUCAAAAACAUCUCGGUCAGCCUGUCGCUCUACGCCCUGUUCCUCUUCUUCUUCGCAACAAGCGACCUGCUCAGGCCUUUUGAGCCGGUGCUCAAAUUCCUCACAAUUAAAUCCGUCAUCUUCUUAUCCUUCUGGCAAGGAAUGGUCCUUGCCAUCCUGGAGCGCUGUGACGUCAUCCCCAACGCGCUCUACAUCGAUGGAGAAGAGGUCGGCGCCGGUACGGUGGCAGCGGGCUGGCAGAACUUCAUCAUCUGCAUCGAAAUGUUCUUCGCCGCCAUCGCUCUCCGCUACGCCUUCACCUGCACCGUGUAUCAGGAGAAAAAGAACGACGUGCCAGACACCAUCCCCCAGAUGCAGAGCAUCUCCAGUGGCCUGAAGGACACCACCAACCCCGGAGACAUGGUGCAGGAUGCCAUCCACAACUUCUCGCCGGCCUACCAGCAGUACACCCAGCAGUCCACGCAGGAGGUGGUCCAGCCCAGCGCCAACGGAAAAGUGGUCACGGGCAACAAGUCCUGCAAGUCCGACAAAAUCAUGCUGAUUGCCUCCGAUGAUGAGUUCUAGGCAUUUUUCAAGCAAGAUCCAGUUGUUUGUGUC